UUUUUUCUAAGCAUCUUCUCGAGGUGUUUCGCCAUGUUGACCAAGCUUCUCAUUCAUUUCUUUUUGAUUUUUCCAAAUUAAUUUUUGCCGAGUCGGGUUUGGGGAAUUCUAUUAAUUUGCAGGAAUCUUAUUUGCGAAUGCAUGCAAAUGCUCCAAAUUCUGAUUUAGAAUUUCCUCCACGUCUUUCACAAAUUCAAGAAUUUCAACUUUUUUCUGUCAGAGCCAUCGCUUUACGUCGGGUUUUGUCUCGAAUACCCGAUGGUAUGACAGAAAGGCGUCCAUUUCUCGAAACAAUUAAAGAAAUUGCUGCAUCAAUUAAAUAUUUAUUGGACACAACAAAUGCAAUAAUUGCAAUUGUUCCAAUUAAUUACCAACAUUUGGUUGAGAAACGAAAGAGAGAAUUUGUUCAAGCUAGCAAACGUUUUAGUAAUACUUUGAAGGAUUAUUUUAAACGGCAGGAAGCUAAUCAAGUUUAUAUUGCUGCUAAUCAACUAAUUUUACAAACUAUGAAGCUUUGUCUUGCAAUUCGAGAGCGUGUCCGUAUGGGAUAG